AGUGUUAAUCACAGACGAGCAGCCAACGGACAGAAGUCCGCCCGAAAUUCUACUACUGUGAUCUUGCCGCACUCCACGACUACGACAAUGACAAAUUGAUAAUGGCGGACGAUUUUGACAUUGAAGCGUUGCUUGAAGCGCCCUAUAACAAAAAAGAGCCAGAAACGCAGCCAAAAGAAAGUAACGGCACUGAGGAAAAAUCACGUAAAGACAAAGACAAAUCCCGUAAAAGUCGCCAUCGUAGUAGAUCUAGAUCGCGCGAUAAGUCUCGCAAACAUAGUCGAUCCAAAGAUCGCAAACAUCGACGAAAAAGUCGUUCUAAGGAUAGACAUCGUAGUCGUUCCAGAGACCGACAUUCGCGCCGACGCACAUCUAAAGACAAACGCAGUCGUUCACGGUCUCCUGUCAAACUACCUAAAUAUGGACCACCAUUACCUCCUCCGCGGUAUAGUAGAAAACAAUCCCCUCUUGCAUCUAAAGUACCACCAGCUAGUAUGUUAACUCCUGAAGAAAGAGAUGCUAGGACUGUGUUUUGUAUGCAACUUUCAAAAACAAUUCGAGCUAGAGAUUUAGAAGAAUUUUUUUCAUCUGUUGGUAAAGUUAGAGAUGUUAGAAUGAUCACUUGUAAUAAAACUCGUCGGUUUAAGGGUAUUGCUUACAUAGAAUUUAAAGAUCCUGAAUCAGUUCCACUUGCUAUGGGUCUAAAUGGCCAAAAGCUUUUAGGUGUUCCUAUUGUUGUUCAGCCCACUCAGGCAGAAAAGAAUCGUAUGGCUAAUUCAAUGCCAAAUAUGGUACAACGUACACAUUAUGGACCAAUGAAAUUAUAUGUUGGUUCAUUACACUACAACAUCACUGAAGAAAUGUUAAGAGGAAUAUUUGAACCUUUUGGACAUGUUGAUAAUAUACAAUUAAUGAUGGACACAGAAACAGGCCGAUCCAAAGGCUAUGGAUUUUUAACCUAUCGCAAUGCGGAAGAUGCUAAAAAAGCACUUGAACAUUUGAAUGGAUUUGAAAUAGCUGGUCGACCUAUGAAGGUGGGUCAUGUGACUGAAAAUCAUUCUAUGUAUGACAAAACUGCUUUUGAAGUUGACGAAUUAGAUAGAGCAGGUUAUGAUUUGGGAGCUACAGGGAGACUGCAAUUGAUGUACAAAUUAGCAGAAGGUACUGGAUUUCCAAUUCCUCAGGCUGCAGCCAAUGCACUUCAAGUUGCCACUGGAGUGACACCAGCAGCUCCAGCUACACCAGCCGUUCAGGUGACUCCUCCAAUCGCAACCCAGUGCUUUUUAUUAGCCAACAUGUUUGAUCCAAACAAAGAAGACGUUGACAGUAAUACUACUUGGGAAACUGAAAUUAGAGAUGAUGUUAUUGAAGAAUGUAACAAACACGGUGGUGUUUUGCAUGUGUAUGUGGAUAAAGCAUCUCCACAGGGCAAUGUAUAUGUCAAAUGUACAACAAUUGAAACUGCGCUUGCAUCUGUAGCAGCUUUACAUGGGCGAUGGUUUGGUGGACGUGUAAUCACUGCAGCAUAUGUGCCUGUAACAAAUUAUCAUAAUUUGUUUCCUGAAGCUUCUUCACUCACAAAGUUGUUGGUAUCAUCUAGAAGUAAAAAUUAAUAAGUUAAAUGUAUACAAUUUAUUAAUUUUAUUUUUUUAAACUUUUGAUUGACAAAUAAUGAUAUGACAUGUUUACAUAAUUC